AUGUCCACCGAGCUCUCCCCUCGCGCCGUGAGAUUCUCCAACGGAGACGACGAACUGCGCCAGGACAAGAUCAUGCCUCACCGCCCCCUACCCGUUGCCGUCGACUCGGACAACUCUGCCUCGUCUGCCGAUUCCCACCCGGACGACCCUCACGCACUCGAGCGCCAGGAUGAGGUCGGUUCCCUUACCAGAUACUCCGAAGGCCACAUCGCCGGCUCCAUGUCGAACUUAGUCCAGGCUGCCACAGCCAACGGCGGCACCACGCGCAGUCUGCGAAGCAAUGUCAGCGACGGCGAUGUUACCUACGCCAACGGCACUGCCGCCACCAAGGUUCAACGUCCCAACGCCCCGGCGAGAACGCCCUCCAACACCUACGCCCCCGCCGCCCACCGCAGGCCGCAGCCCGCCCCCUCUUUUGUCGAGUCCGUUCGGGCAUCGUCUAGAGGCCGCCCUCGUCCGAGCGAGAGAUUCCGUCAGCAGGAGAAGGCCUACGUCCAGAGGCUGCGCCAGGACCACAACGACGGAUACCCUUUCGACGGCGGAUACGUAAGCGGUGUAAAUGGCCUGGUCCAGGCUGGCGACUCCGACUCGGAAGGCGAGACGCCCUCGUCCGAGGGUCAUUUCGACGACAGAUACGACCAGGAGACCAUCAUGUUUUACGGCAAUGACGAACUGCAGCCGAGCGACGAAGACCUGAAAGACCCCUCCAACCGGGAACGCCUCGAGUGGCACGGCAUGUUGGAGGCUGUCCUGACCGGAGACGUUGUCAAGCAGGAAAAGAAGCGCUUGAUCGGCGCAAAUGAGCAAGCAGUUGGUAAGAGUGGACAAAAGGCAGAACUAUGGCUGGGUAUUCGCUCAAAGGUGUGCGGGAGACAUCUCCCGGUGCAAAGGCGAAUGGUGGAAGAGGCACGCGCAACGCUGGACCGAACCCUGGACGAAAUCAUCAACUUCUCAGUCAAGGGUGAGAGCGAGGCCGGGAAGCCGCCGUACGAACAGGUCAAGGACGUGGUCAAGAAGCUCGACAAGGCCGAGGGCUUGUACCCCUCAUGGACCUCGUUGGCGGCAAAGCACCAGUCAGCCAGCUCCCCGCUCUUCCAGGAAGCAUCCGAGUCCAUCAUUGCCUGGUACAAUACCAACGAGCUUAUCAACACGGAGCUCGCCAUUCUCAAGAAGUGGGUCGGCAACGAAGAGCUGGACUUCACGCGAACACGACAGCGUUCGCCCGUUGGCAACGGCAUCGGCGAUGAAUCGUCGUUCCUCGACCGACUGAUGAAGGAGGACGGCCUGAAGUCGCUCUACGACGAGGAGUUCGACGACGAGAAGAACAAGGAUGCUCACAAGGGCAUGCUGCCCGGCAUCUCGACCGUCAUCAACAAAUCCAAGGAGACGCUCAUUCGCAACUUCGCCGCUUUCCAAAAGCGGCAUCUUCCACCGUAUAUCGAGGAGCUUCUGACGCUCAUCAGUUUCCCAUCUCGGCUGAUUGAAGAGAUUAUCAAAGUACGCCUCGCCUACGCUAAGAAGGUCAAGGAGUCUGCACAGCAAAAUCCCAUGAUGCAAGACCAGAUGAUCAGUCAGUUCCAGUUGCUCUUGAAGCUGGCCAUCCGCAUCAAACUGGAAUGCCUUGCCGUCACGCAACCGGAACCCGGCUGGGAGCUUCCGCCCUGCAUCGACGAGUCCUUUGACCAGGUUGUGCUGGACGCCCUCAAAUACUAUUUCAAAAUGCUCAAUUGGAAGUUGAGCGGCAAUAAAAAUACCUUCAAGGAGGCCGAGCUCUUGUUUGCGGAAUGGGACUUUGCCAACGAAAUCGGCAGCCACCUUCUGGGCGGAGACGUCGAGGUCGCUGAGCAGUUCAGUUCACUGACUUUCAAGGCCAUCAACCGUCUGAGCGUUACCUUUGAAAAGGAGCUUCAGGUCAAGCCGAGAGAGAGCACCGCCGAGAUGAGUAAGAGGUACAAGCAGUGUUUGGAUUCCGUCCGGGUGAGACAAAGAAUGCUGCAGCGUUUCUCCAAGAUGUUGAGCGAAAACUACGAAAACGCGUCCGACUUCAGUAUUGCAUUCGCGCCGGAGAAGCUGCAAGAGUUCUACGACAGGCUCAUCGUGUCGGGCCACUUCCAGGUCUUCACAGAUCUCUACGAGCAGGAGGGCAUUUUCAUCAUGGCGUCGCCCUCUCUGAUGGACAGACACGACGCGAUCCAGUCCAUCUUGGGUCUCAGCUCGCCCGAGCAGUUCGCAGAGGACCCCAGCGACCCAUAUCUCUUGAUUCUACGUCCCGAGAGCAGCCCUCACUGGUUUGGCGAUCUCUCAGUUCGGGAACGGAAUGUCGACCUGAAGAAGGGCCACAUGAGACUGGUCGCUGUGGGCGCCCAAGAGCGGCUUGUUAACGCCAGGAGGGCUUUUAUCGAUGCCGUCGACAUGCACGUGGAUCUGGUGGUUGAACAGAGAUCCAACUUGCACAAAGUCAACACGCGACUUAUGGAGAUCAGGCGCGUUGCAUACAAGCUGUCCAACAACUUUAUGGAUAGCGUAGAGAUCAUCCGCAAACAGACCGAGGGCAGACAGGUCCAGGAGCUCAUCCAGACCUGCUUCGUCUUCGCGACGGAGUUCGGCCAGCGCUCGCUGCUUGUCAUGGACAGCAACCGGAAACAAAUGAACAACCUCAAGCUUACCAAGCUUGCAUUGGACUGGGUCAGCUUCAUCUGCGACGACUGUGUCGCAUCGGAUCGAAAGACGUUCCGUUGGGCGGUCCUGGCUCUGGAGUUUGCCAUGGGCAUGACCAGAGGACGGCACAUCCUGGCUCUGGGCGAAGAGGAGUAUGCCAGACUUCGGGCCAAGGUAGCCGGCUGCAUGGCCCUUCUCAUCUCGCACUUUGAUAUUAUGGGGGCGAGAUCCAACCUGGCGGCGCAGGCGGAGAAGGAGCGCAUCGAGGCCCUGGUCGGCCAGUUCAAGCGUCUCGAUAAAAAUCGGAUGCUUGACGACCACGAGGCGUCCAAGUACAUCACGGAGCAGCGUUUGGAGGAGCUCGAGAAGGUCGACGAGAUUAGGAGGGCCAAGGAGGCCGAGAGACAAGCGCUCGGCCGCGUGCUCGAGGGAAACAACGAGGUCGACCGGUCCCUGGCCUACCUCUCGUCCUCGGCUACAAACAUCACGAUGCGCUGGCAACAGGGCCAUUUCGUUGGUGGCGGUACUUUUGGCAAUGUUUACGCCGCCAUGAACCUGGACUCUGGCCACCUGAUGGCCGUCAAGGAAAUCCGUCUACAGGACCCGAAGCUGAUCCCUACCAUUGCCGAGCAGAUCAAGGACGAAAUGGGUGUCUUGGAGGUCCUCGACCAUCCCAACGUCGUCUCCUACUAUGGUAUCGAAGUCCACCGCGAUAGAGUCUAUAUUUUCAUGGAGUUCUGUCAGGGCGGGUCUUUGGCGAACCUGCUGGAGCACGGCCGUAUCGAGGACGAGCAAGUCAUCAUGGUUUAUGCGUUGCAGCUGCUAGAGGGUCUCGCUUACCUCCACGAGAGCGGUAUCGCCCACCGCGACAUUAAACCUGAGAACAUUCUCCUCGACCAUAACGGUAUCAUCAAGUACGUCGACUUUGGGGCCGCCAAAGUCAUUGCCAGACAAGGCAAGACCCUCGUGCAGGAUCUCUCCUCCACAAAGCCAAACAAGUCCAUGACGGGAACACCAAUGUACAUGUCUCCCGAAGUCAUCAAGGGCGAGAAUCCUGGCAGGGCCGGUUCAGUCGACAUCUGGUCUCUGGGCUGUGUCAUUCUUGAGAUGGCAACCGGUCGCCGUCCUUGGGCCAAUUUGGACAACGAGUGGGCCAUCAUGUACAACAUUGCGCAAGGCAACCCUCCCCAGAUGCCGUCGCCCGACCAGCUCAGUCCCCAGGGGAUCGACUUCUUGAAGAGGUGCUUCACCAGGGACCCCAAGCAGCGCGCAUCCGCCGUUGAGCUCCUGCAGCACGAAUGGAUCAUGACGAUUCGCAGCCAAGUCGUGGAGCCGCCCACGCCUAGUGAUGCUAGCACCUCGGCUCAGUCGACACCCAGCUCCAGGAGCAACACCAAUGACGGUUUCUACUAG